AUGUUUGUAAAUAAGUCUGAAGAUGUGCCCGAUUUCGACAAAUACAAAGAUGAGCAUCCAUCAGAUAUGUCUGUCAGUCAUCCUUUUGAAGUAAGCCAGCAGUCACAAUCGAUAAGCAUAGAAAUUGUAAAUGGGCAUAAAUGGUUCGGAAAAAUGUGUUUCCGCAAAAAAAGUAUUAAACGGAUUCAACAUGAAGGUACCAGAGAACCACUUGUAUUGCCUCAUAGGGCCAAAUGUUGUGGCAAAACUACCAUACUAAGGGCAAUGGCCGGGCUUCAGCCGCUCGACAAGGGCUUCAUUGAAUACCGCGGACGGUGUUUACCUAUUUUAGAAUCGAGUCUCAUUGGUUAUAUGCCACAGGAGCAUGGCCUACACUCGCGUCUUACUCUGCGAGAGACCUUUAAGCUUCACGGAGGUUUAUUGGAUAUGGCCCGAGAAUAUCUCCAAGAUCGAAUAUUCGUAGUCAUGCACCUCAUGCAAUUACCCGAUCUCGAUCUCAAGAUAUCGGAUAUGACUUUCGAUCAGCUAUGCCGCACUAGUUUUGCGCUGGCGUUCUUACACGAACCGGAUUUUCUUCUCUUGGACGAACCCACAGUUGGUUCGGAUGCUACGCUCAGAAACGAAUUUCGCGCCUGCAUGAGAGGGCUGCUAACGAACAGACGCACGAAUAUAAUUAUGACUUCUCACGACUUCGACGAAGCUUAUUUCUGCGACACGCUGGGAUUGAUGCGCGAUGGAUGCAUGAUAGCCGAAGGGCCGCCGAAUGCCAUAAUAGAAGCACUAGGAGCAAAGAGUAUCGUCGGAAUCUUUUACAUUACCUCGGUGGGCAGGGGGCACACUGAUUACAAGAGGUUGCUCAGUGAAUUUGGACACGGCGGAAUAAACAUAGGAUUUGGCGAUCGAUUGCAUGUUCCUAAAUUUGCACCCGUACGGCAUAUUCCUCCCCGAAUUUCGAUUAUCGUGCGAUUGAUCUCUGCAAAUUUAAGGAUUUUGACUCGGCAAAUUAUUCGUGCUUUAGCUUUAUUUAUACUACCGGCUGUGUACAUAUUUCUGUUCGGAUUAUCUGUUGGACCAUCACCAUCGUACAUAAAGCUGUCUUAUAUGGAACAGAAAAAAUUUCUAAGUUAUAAGAAUUAUAACAAUGAAAGCUACAGUCUUGAUGGCUAUCAUAAUUUUACCUAUAAUGAUAUUAUCCAGAAUACAUCCACUGGGCCAAAUCUACUUUUAUCAAAUCUUGUUCUAAAUGGUUUAAGUAAACGUUUUGAUAUGCUGAAAGAAGUAGAAAGUGUUGUAUCCGGCAAAGAAUCGGUUGCUCGCGAUGACGCGCACGCUUUUCUGUGGUUUCCACAAAGAGCAAACUUAACCGAACCGCACAUUGCUAUUUAUUACCGUCAUACAAAAGAUUGGACGGCGCCAGAUCUAGAGCUGUACGUUGAUCCUACGCGCUAUAUGAUGCAAGAAGUAAUAAAAGACACUGUUGUACAAGAGUUCCGAGAAGCGGCCAAUACGUACUACACUCAAAAUAUCAGUCGACCGGAUGACCCGGUGAUAAUUGAUGGCUUUUCAAGAAAAAUUGAAGGACCAGAGGCGGGUGUUCUCGUAUGGGGUGGCGUAUCUGGGGUGUCUUUAGCAUUAGCGUCUAUGCUCAGCGUAACAAUGCACGAUAUUUCUGAAAGAAUACGCGCCGAAGGUGUAACCUCUUGUGAAAUUCAAGCUGCACAUUUGUUCCUCAACCUUAUAAUAUUAUGUCUACAAAAUGUUCUACUAUUACUAGCUGCAGCAAUUGUAACAAACAUAUGGGAUUACACCAUAAUUCUGGCAUUAAUGAGGUGUUGGGUCAUAUUAGGUGGAAACACAUUUUGCGGUAUCGCAUUAGGAGUAUUGUUAUCGACUAUGCUGCGGAACAAAUUAUCAUCAAUGAGAGCUGUUGUAUAUAUUAUGUGGUUGAUCUUUCUCGUGAGCGGAGUAUUUUGGCCCAUUGAAGGAAUAGGUUGGCCCUUACACAGGGCAGGCUGGCCUUUCCCUGUACAACAUGUCGCAUUAUCAAUGAGAUUCUUAGUACUUCGAGAUAUGAAAUUAACACAAUUUUUUCCGUGUGCCCAAUGGCCAAGUUAUAAAUUACGAGAUCGUGAUAUUUUAUCAAAGAAAGGCUACAAAAAACCUCAUGAAAGUGCAGAUGCUUACAAUUAG